AUGCGGGCCGUCCUGUACGGAAAGUCCACGCGGGCUGCCGACACGUCGCGCGCCUCGGUCACGCACUGCGCGCUGUCCAAGACGUCGCUGCGCCCGCCGCACGUGGUCGUCGACCGCGCGGGCAACCUGUACAACAAGGACGCGCUGUUGCACUACGUCCUGGCGCGACGCGCGCGCAAAGGGCCCGCCACGGCGGAGGGGGAAGCUCUCGCGCACAUCCGGAGCAUCAAGCGCGACACGGCGCGCGUGCAGUGCGGCGCGGACGGGCUCGUGUGCCCGGUCACGCGCAAGGUGGCCAGCGAGGGCGGCGGGUUUGGCGUCGGGUGGGAAUGCGGGUGUGUGACGGCGAGAGUGAAUGUGGAAGGGGUGCGGGGGAAGGAAGGGGAGGGAGAGGAGGGGGGAAGGGAGGUUAAUUGUGUCGCUUGUCAGGCGAAAGGGUCGAGGGUGCGUCUGGGGUUGAGGUUGGAGGACCGCCUUAGGGUUUUGGAGGAGGGCAAGCUGCGGGAGGGAAAGAGGAAGAGGAAACGCAUGGAGAAAGAGGGCACCGGCUCAAAGAGCAAGCUAGCCCGCCUGCCGUCGGAUGCAUCGCGUCACCCUGAACAAAGCGCUGCGACUUUCGCCGAGAAUUGAAAACAUACCAUGGCGAGCUUCU